AUGGAAACUGGUGGAGCUGAGCAGCACAGCUUCACGGCGCCCAAUUCGAUGGAGUUGGAUUUGGAUUUGGUUGCUGAGCGUCAGCCCCCAGAACAUGCCAUGCAUAGCACAGCCAGUCGUGGGAGACCGCGAUUGGGCAAUGCACCCCCAUCUCAUGAUUCUCAUCGCCCAGCCAUCGCCUGGCUGUCCUUUAGCGGCUGCAAACUGGACUCCCCAUCAGAAGACUUCUUACAUCAUACCAAGUACGGAGUAUUAUUGAUAUCGCGAAAUCCCCCGAAAGAUUGCGCUGUCGACCAUCAUGCCGAGGCCUGUGGGAAAAUAAGGGGGAGAUCCACAGAUGGGGAACCGGGAAACCGAGAGACCGAGAGACAGGCUGGUAUCCAUGGCAACGCGAUGAUUGCCACUGGCUUCUUGGCUGUGGAGCUACCUCGUAUUGACAUUUCAUUUCCGGCUUCCCUUCCCUUCCCCACAAGGGGCGGUUUGACCGCGCCAUCACGAGAUUUCGCGUCAAAAAAUAUAUGGAUCGCGCUCUGGAAACGGAAAUCAGCGUCUCUAUGUUGGUGCUCAACACCUCAUAUUCUAAUUCGUUAUCAUCGUGUAUAUCAAGUCAUGCGAAAAAACGAAGAGUUAUCGGGAAAGGUUAUGUGGAAAGGAUCUGCAACCGCUAUGCCAGAUAGCUGGAAAAAGAUGGGCUGGGUGUUAUUCAAGAAAGAAGAACUGAAAGCACUGAGGGAUAAUCUGCAUGUCAAAUUGAGCAAUAUUUCAGUGCUGAUUGCUACAGCCAAUUACGAGCGAAUGCCUAGUCACGUUGCGCAAUACCAGGACACUCCAACUCUGAAUACCCCACCUCCGCCAUCCUAUACUCAUCUUGCGGAAGAGCAGCCGGAGUGCUUCCCCAAUAAUAUCGCCUCGACGUCAACCGCAGUGCGCGGAGCUCCACGAGCCGCGAAACCUUCAGAACUAGACGCAAGAUUCGCUCGACUAGAAGAGAUGAUGGCUCAACAGCGCCUCGCUCAAAUGUUGUUAGAUCAGCAACGAAAAUCGGAUUCUGCUGUCACGAAAGAGGCCGGCGAGCAACCAAUACCAGAUUUUGAAGUUAAUGAGGACGAAAUCCAUGAGGAAUCACAAGGCUCUGAAUUUGAACCUGAGUCCGAGCCCCAACCAUCGUGUCUGCCCCUCCCAAGUGAAGUAAUCGAACUGUUCACUCGAUUUGAAGUUUUUAUCAAGGCGCAAAGACGAAAGGAAUGCUACGAUUUAGAACUGAUAUCCGAUCUGGAGAGAGUCGUUGAUAAAUAUAUGUCUAAUAAUAAAGUAUAUAAGCCAAUUAGAUUUAAAGACGUCGUUGGGCGGAAAUUCUCGUUUCCCUUCCAUCUCGCUCAGACGUGGGCGGGAAUGGAGGAACUCAUCAAACAAGCAUUCGUACACGUGGACGUCAUAGGAACCCAUGUUGCUUCUGGUCAAUAUGAUUUACUAGGACCAAAUGGAGAAAGAAUCCGACCUUCCGCUUGGGAGUCGGUGAUCCAGCCAGAUUGGUCUAUUACCAUGCUCUUGUGGCCUAUGGUUGAACCGACGCACUAUGGGCCGCAUAAUCCACCUCUACUUCCACCUCCGCCUCCACUAGUCUGGUGA